CGUCGCCAUUCUUCCGUCUCCGCUACCACUCUUUGCUCUCGAGUCCCACUGCAAAGAUCUUGCAUCUGCGCCGGACAUCUGACAUUCUCGCAAGAUCCAUCCCGCAGUCCCAUGCGAUAGCCACAGUCUCAUCAUCCCUCGUAGCCUAGUACUCACCAGCGAAAGCGAUCUACGCAGCGUAAUCUCCAUACUCGGCGGGAGGGGGCCUUCGAGAUGGACGCCCUCUUCAGAAAGAAGCGAUCCAGGCUACCCAAUGAGCAAGACAGAACGGGGCUUUCGUCGCCCAGCCCGCAGAAUGGCCAGUCUUAUGAUAGAGAGUCGUACAUGUCCCCCACGCCAGGGAGAACGUCCAAUGCAUUCUCGUCUGCGCCGAUGGGAUCCCCUCUGAGCAUAAGCGGACCGAGUAGCAACCCACACGUUAGCAAGGAUGGGAGAGCUCCAUCGUAUUUUGGGGCUUCAACUUCGAGCGACUCGCCUAGCAACAGUCGCUACUCCUCUUCUACCGUUGGAGGAUCCUCAUUCAGGGGCCCAGAUCCAGUCAGACCCUCGUAUGACUCCGCUUCGUCCUACACCAAUGGUGCUGCCUCACGGUCGAACAAGUAUGCCUCAUCCACACCGAAGGAGGAGCCUCACAUGAUGCUCAGUGCCCACGACAUUCUCAAUCGCAUGUCCAUCAGCGCAGCAUCGGCAGCAUCCCUAGGGGUGCCAUGGGGAUCACAAGAGCAGGCUCCCAGUAAUUCUGGGACACCGCACUAUGUCCCUUCACAGCAGCAAUAUGGCUCUCCGCCUCCACCCCCAGCGCCAUCUGGCCAUCGUCAAUCAUCCUCAUCCUAUCACAAUGCUCCCUCGAACCAGCGCUCCGCUGCUGGAGGCGAAUUCGUGCUGCAACGGCCCUCGGACGUCGAGGUAGAGCGAAUGUUCGCCGAGCUGAUGGACAGGAGAGACUUCAUUGGUGGGAACAUGGCUGACAAGGACGGCAUGAGACGGAAUAUGCUGAUGUUCAACGUGGACAAGAAAUGGGCUCUGGUCUACAAUGAUCGAUUGACAGAGUGGAUGUCUGCAAAAGAAAAGGAGCGCAAUAGGCGACAGCAAGCCAACUCGGGGCAUUCGGGAGCAUCGAGGCUGAUCAUCACUCGUAAUUCGCCCGAAUGGUUCAUCAAGAAGUUCAUGGAUGGGACAGUGACGACCAGGGACAUUGAGAGUCUGGCAGUCACUCUGAGGACGUGCGCAAUGGGCUGGAUUCAGAGCUUUGUAGAAGCAAAGGGUACUCCCGUCCUGGCCAGCUUUCUCAAUGGGCUACACGCCAAAUCGUUACGGACUGACAAUGAUGUCGCUCUAGAGUAUGAGGUGCUCAAGGCCUUUCGAUCUUUGUUCAACUCCAAGCCAGGAGCAAAUGAUGCUCUUGCCCAACCGAAGUGCAUCAGCGGCAUCACAUACUCGAUGAUCUCUGCCCACCUUGCGACAAGGAAGCAGGCAGCAGAUAUUCUGCUCUUCUUGUGCCACUGGGAGAAGCCUACUGGACACCGCCUUGUUCUGCAAGGCUUUGAUGACAUCAAAACAGCCCAAAAUGAUCACGGGAGAUUCGAUGCAUGGUUCAGGGUACUGGAGCAGACCAUUGACGGGCGAGGAACGAUGGGCAGUCGGGUUGGUGCUUCAGAAGAAGUCAAGAAGCUCAGCAUUGCCGGGCCCCAAGAGUCCUCUUUGAACGAGUACGCUAUCAACAACAUGUUCUUGAUCAACGCCAUCCUCUCAACGGAGAUUGUCUCUGACUUUGAGGUGCGAGUUCAUCUUCGCAAUCAAAUGGAAGCAAGCGGGCUGCAGCGCAUCUUGGCCAAGAUGAGGGGCUUCAAGAGCGCUGAUCUUGAUGCUCAAGUUGCUGCUUAUGAGGCAAGCGCUGCACAGGACCACGAGGACAUCGUGGAGACCUUCAACCGGGAUGUCCUCACUGACAUGAGCGAUCCAGCAGAUGUUUUCAAGGCCAUUGUAGAGAAGGUCUCGGGCACAAGAGCAUACGACUUCUUCCUCAGCUCGCUGCAGCAUUUCCUCCUCAUCCGGCAGGAUGGCGAGGAUCUUGUGCAUUGGUAUCAACUCAUCGACUCGCUCGUCACUUCGGUCGUCAUGGAUCGCAAUGGCGCAGUGGAGAGGUCAGACAUGUCUUCUUUGCUCGGUACGUCGGUCAACAAUGUCCUCUCACGCUUUGCAGACCAGGACCACAUGCAAUCCAUUCAGGCUGAGUUGCAGAGGUUCAAGACCGAAGCAAGGACUGCAGAGCAGGAGCGGGCAAAGCUGCAGGCCCAGCUGGAGCAGGAGAGCGAAGGCUUGGUUGGCAGGCUGCAGGCCCAGAUUGCUGCUCUCGAAGAGGACCUGCAGCUGGCGAGGGAAAACACUGCAGCUGUGCAAAAGGACCUACUCGAUAUGGAGAAGGGAUACGUAGAUCGUAUCAUGCAGCUCGAAGUGCAGAACAGGGACAUCUAUGAGAUGAUGAGGGAGAAUGCCGGAAAGGAGGAACUCUUCCCCGAAGGUAAAUCCAACCUCAAUCGGCAGCAAAUGGUCGAUACACUCGAAAAGCAGCUGGAGCGCGAUCGGACCAUUCGCAAACUGGAGGCGAAUGCUCGCAAGACUGGUAUGCCUCUUCCUGCGAGCAGGACAGAGAUGGAUCUGGCCAUUGCAGAAGAGACGGAGAAGUCUCAUCGGGAGCGUAUCUCUUCUGCAGUCCGGCGAGAGUCGAGACUGGCCCGCCAGAUCGAAUCUGGGGAUGAUGAUGAGAUCCAUACUGGCCAGCAUCGUCGUGAAGAAUCGACGGAAGAGUCUGACGAUGAUCUUGAUCCCACUAGUGAGGCAGCAAAGUGGAAGAUCCAAGCUACAUUAGCUGCCAACAUGGCUCGUAACGCCAACAUCGCCGAACGCAUGAUCGACGCUCGUACAAACAGGUGGAACAAGAGAGCAAAGGCGACGAGUGCGUCGGAAGAGGUCAGGACUAGCCAAAGCGAGCUGCCAGAAGCGGUCAGCCCGCAAGACCUCGAGAUACCACAGGCACCUCCACCGCCUCCGAUGAUGACCUCUUCCGGACCCUCGCUAUUGGACGAGAUUCGCAAUCGCAAGGCUCUGCGGUCGACUGCAGCCUCUACUGUGCCUCUACCGACAGCCCCGACAGAUAUGGGGCCUCCGCCACCUCCGCCUCCGCCGCCCAAAGAUGUACAGCCAUCAGCGCCUUCAGCACCACUCGCUCCGCCGCCUCCUCCUGCACCUCCCGCUCCGCCCCCGCCUCCACCGCCGCCCGUCUCACAGCGAUCUGUCUACUCGCCAGUCAGCAGUGUGCCAUCGCCGAGACCAGACGCUUUUGCUGGCGAUGCUGGACCACCUGCUCCUCCACCCCCUCCACCUCCUCCUGCACCUCCUGCGCCACCGGCACCGCCAGCUCCAGCAGCGGGCGGCGUCCAGACCCGUCCCUCAACUCCUGCGAUCAGAGACGGCCAUCAGCGAGACUCGAUGCUCAAUGUCCGAGCCAGCUUCAAUGGCGAAGAUUUGGGACCUGUUGGCCCCACGAGUGCUCCUCCACCGCCGCCCAUGUCUAACUUCUUUGGCAAUCAGAUGACCACGAGAAAGGAAGUUGCCGAGAUGGCAAAGGUGCGGAUGAAGCAGCUCCAGUGGGACAAGCUUUCACCACAACAUGCUGCCGAGACUGUCUGGGGUCAGAGCAUCGUGGGCGAAUCGGAGCUAGCGCAAGUUCUGCGGUCCGAAGGCCUCUUUGAUGAGAUGGAGGAAGAUUUCAAGGCGAAGCAGGCCGUCAAACGGACUGCUGCUGCUACGAAGAAGGAGAAAGUCGAAUUCAAGACUCACUUGUCCUUCUCCACGAGGCAGGGUAUCGAAAUGGUCCUGAAGAGGGUCAAGAGCAGUCUUACCGACGCCAAGCAUGCUACACCGGAAGAAGUUGCUCAUCAUAUUGUGAAUUGCAACAAGGUGGUGCUGGAUCAGAGCUUCCUCACCGAGCUACUGCGGCAUUAUCCAGAGUCGGAGACGAAGGGUCAGCUUGGAGAGUACCGCAAUGCCUCUGAUGAAGAGCUACGUUUGCUGCAUCCAGCCGAUCGUCUGGUCGUCCUGUUGAUGACCGUGCCCCAUCUCAAGGAGAAGGUCAAGGGUCUGUUGUUCAUGACCAAGUAUCAAGAGGCUUUCGAUCUGGUCAAGGAAGGAUCGAGCAAGAUCCGAGAUGGAUCAGAGGGCAUUGUCACAGCAGUCAACUUUGCCAAGUUGCUCAACAUCAUCCUGAUGAUGGGUAACUACCUGAAUGCUACAGGAGUGCAAGGUGGGGCCUUUGGAUUCAAGAUCAGCUCGAUCAACAAGCUCGUCGACACAAAGGCCUCUGAUGGAACGACUCUGUUGCACUUUGUCGAGAGGACAGUCUCCAAGGCCUUCCCUGAAGUCGAAUCUUUCCUCGAGGAGCUCGAGCAGCCCUCGGAGGCAUGUCGCGUCCAGCUUCUCGAUCUCAAGAGGGAGCUAGCUGAGCUCAAAUCGGGCAGCUUGACCCAUCGUAAGGAGUUGGAUCGCUUCAUCGACGAAGACGAAGGCCAUCUGGAAGACCCAUAUACCAAGCUCAUGCUGCCCUUCCUCAACGAAGCCAUCUCCGAUCUCUCUCGUCUGGGCGACCAAGUCCAAUUCACCGAACGAACCUACGUAGAUGCCCUUCGCUACUUUGGUGAAGGACCCGAUUCCAAGCGUCGUGGCUUCCCCGCUGCCCAGCCUAUGAAGACGGAAGACUUCUUUGGUGUUUUCCGCGAAUUCUCUACUGCUUACAAGAAGGUGAAAGUGGACAAUGUACGGAUUAGUGAGCAGAGGCAAAUCGAAGCUAAGCGACGUGCGGCUGCAGAGGAGAGGGAGAAGGAGCGGUCUGAAGCCCUGGCGCGCAAAGAGGCCGGGGUGGACGAUAGUCUUGUCCUCGAAACCCUCCUGGGUAAUCUGCGCAGUGGUGGACAGACAACGAAGAAUAAACGCAAAGCAAGAGAGAGGGGAGCGGCUAGGAGGGCAAAGGAGAGUCUGGGAGCAACCGAAGGAUCUACCUCGCCUGUGCUUGGAGCAGGUAACCCAUCGGAAUUGGCCCAGGCUAUGCUUGCUCAAUUGCAAGGCGGUAGUGGAGCAGCUGGUGGAACGACGGGAGCAGCUGCGGGGCUUGGAGGUCUGCCAAGUCCCACCACCCGCGAUCGACCCAAUCUGGCAAGAAGGAGAGAGCGACGCACAACGAGCGAGCGAGACAGUCUCACAGGGUCCACCUCUGGCUCUGGGUCUACAGGCUCUGCACUGGGUCCAACCUCGGCAAGAGUGUCCAUGGGCGGUGCUGGAAGCGUCAGUGCCGACUCGGUCUCUCACCCUGCCUCCUCGGCGGCAAUUGGGGAGACGAUGUCCGCCUCUGCCUCUGCACCUAUGCCCACUCGGUCGAGUAGCGGAUCACAGCCUGGUGCUGUACCAUCUAGACGCAUGGAAGCUUCUUCCUCCUCGCCUCAACGCUUAGACUCGACCAGCGCAGGCGCACCUGCACCUGCCACGGCCAGUCUCAACUCACUCCAUUCCAAAGGCAAUGGCAGCGGCAAUGGCAAUGGUAUCUCUGAGGCUCCUGAAGAGGAGCAAGAGCAAGAUGAGGGCGAGGAAGAAGAAGAAGAAGAGGAAGAAGUCUUUGAUUUAGACGCCCCUACCGAGGAGGUUUUCGAGGAAGAGGAGGAAGACCAGCACGACCCACAUGCACGCUUACAGCGUCUAGCAGCCGCCUCUACUGCCGGCGGCGGUGGUGGUGGUGGUGGUGGUGGUGGUGUUUUCUCCCCUUCUUCUUCCUCUGGCUCCGGCUCGGGUUUGGGUUUGAGCUCACGCGAGCAAGCCAGAAGGGACAUGCAGGCAAUUGCAGACGAUGAUGCUACUGCUGCUGCUACUGCUGCUGCUGCUGCUGCUGCUGCUGCCUCUGCUGCUGCUGCUGCUGCUGCUGCCUCUGCCGCUAGUGGUGGUGGUGGUGGUACUAGGCUCGGUGAAGAGGUUUCAGAAGGAGGACAAGAUACCACUCUUGGCUCUCUGGGUGGAAUGGGCGAUUGGAUCGAUCCGGAUUCUUCAGGCUUUAGGUAGACUACUAGUAGAAAUCUGAAAGAGGGUGAACUGUAUGUAUGUAUCAUUUCUUUGCGCUUCCCCUCCCCUACCUUUCC